CUGACCGGUGCCUGUUGUCGUCGCAGUCACCCUUGACCUAACAGAAUCGCCGUGAUAAUGCUUUCACCGGCUGAAAAAUAAUCUUACCUGACGGAAGGUCAUUAAUUUUUCAGGGGUGAACGCUUAAGAUGAGACGAUGGUAUUGGUUUACCUCCGACAGGUCGCCUAUACUUGGUAAGGUACGGAAAAUCUUGCUAAUUUGUUUUUGUAAACAAUGGUACCUCGGCUAGACUCAGUUUGGAGGUUUUGCCGAAUAAGAGCGUUCUUGAUUUUGGUGCUCAGCUAUGUGUUGUUCCUCGUCUUCGGUGGGUUCAUGUUUUUGGCACUAGAGAAGCCGGAGGAAGACGCUCUCAUAGCCGAGGUACGACAGUUCCGCAUCGAGUUUCUGGACCGCCACCGUUGUGUGAAAGAGAGCCAUCUGGACGACCUGCUCAAGAAGGCACUUUUUGCAGAACAACGCGGUGUUGCCGUCCUGGAAGCGGAGGGGGAGGAAUACAGCUACGAUUUCUCGUCGUCCUUGUUUUUUGUUACAACUUUUCUUACUACCACGGGUUACGGCAGCACCAUGCCGAUAUCCGACGAUGGGAAGCUCUUCCUAGUGACGUACUCCCUCCUGGGUAUACCCAUAACCCUGCUGCUCCUGUCCUGCCUCACCCACCUCCUGUUGCCCUGGGUGACCCGGGGGCCCGUGCGCUACAUGCAGACGCGCUGGGGCCUGUCCCACAGCGGAGCGUCGCUGGCGCACGCCGGCUUGCUACUGGGGCUAACCGCCGCGCUGCUCUUCCUGCUGCCCGCCACCGCGCUAUGCCUCCUGGUGCCCGGCUGGAGCUUCCUGGAGUCCUUGUACUUCUGCUACAUCUCCCUCAGCACCAUCGGCCUGGGGGACUACCUGCCCGGGGGAACCCGCAGCCUGGCAUCCCGGAAGGGGCUUGAGUUCGCCAUUUCCUGCUACCUGCUCCUGGGGCUCAUGGUUCUCCUGGUUGUCCUGGAGACGUUCUGGCGGCUGCCGCAGACCCAGGCCCUCGUUCGGUUCUUCGCCGGGCCCUGGGAAGGCCCGCUGGACGGGCUCGCCCUGGACGAGCUCACGCUGAGCGGAGACUUCCUCCCUCCGCUGAGUCUGAAGGAGAACACCCCCCCAAAAGUGGAUCCCCGGUACGUCUGCCCCAUCUCUACCAUCUCCCCGACCGUCCCGGACUCGCCCCGUCCGUCCUCCACCCGCUCCCCACCGCCCCCCAGAACCUUAGACCUAGACCAGUGCGGGCCCUAGACCUGCGUCCACCUGUUUCAAUGCUGAGGGAACCGAAUGAACCCCAAUCCCACAAAUGUUCAACUUAGUCAACCCCUAGACCACCUGCGAAUAAAUUACAAAAUAAAAGUCCUCGUGCAGUG